CAUUGUACAUAUUAUGAAACGUGAACGAUAAUUUCUGAUUCUGCCCAUACGUUUUUUAAAUACCUACUAGCCCAGAACCAAACACUCUGAAACACCGUGCAACAUACCAAGCGAUUAUCGAGCAGAAAUUGAUGCAAUCUAGAAAACAACUAUCAUCAUCGUGUCCCAUAGCCAAACUCUAAGUUCCGAUAACGUAAAAUCAAAACUUAAACGAACUAGACAGGAAUAACGACAACAGGACUGGAUUGAAAGAAAAAAAAAUAGUCGAUAAGCUCGUUAAAUCUGGGAUAGACAAGCUCUGAACGAUAGAAAAAUAAUUUGGAGAGAAGCAAAACCAAUUAUUAGGACAACCCCUACAGGAACUGAGACAGGUAAAGACCUUCGUGGGAAACAAAUCUGCUGAAUGUAACAACCGAAUAGGUGUCCUCUAUCGGGGCGUUGUCGCCUCAAUAGACUCUAGAUUUAACAGAUAAUGCGCCGUACAGAUCUAUCGAAGUGUUACGAAUAUCUUUGGCAGUUAAAAACCAUCUCAAAUUCUGGAUUUUCUGUAAUUUUACGAUGGUUCUUCUAUAUAUUAAAGACCUGUAUGAACCUUUCUAAAUGUAAUAAUCGGUGAAUGUUUACAUGAUCUCUAUUUACACUUUUCGAAUUUUAUAGUUGAUUAAGAUCGUAAAUUCGUGUUUUUUUUUUCACCUUGUAUACGGAUACGUAACAGUUUACGAAGCGAUCACCGUUUAAAGCGCAUAAAUCUUCUGCACGUUUCUCCGUUCUCGGCUUUUCGCCAUUCUCUGCGAAAGAGAGGCCCUAGUUGGUCGAUAAAUCGGAUAGGACAGGUGGUCGCUCUCGUUUCCCAUCAGUAUAUCCCAUCGAUGGAUGGUCACACAUACCCAUGCGUGACGAGAAAAUUAUCAUCUAUUAAAUAAAACCACCACCGACGACGACGACGAUUAUAAGCAGAGUGUGUUUGUUUUUUAAUUUUUUUCGUAUACGGUACGCGAGACACAAUCUUCUUUUCGAAAUUUUUCUGUCGCCAUGAUUCGUUUCAGGUCGACGAUUCUAAUCCUUAUACAAUGAUGGAUAUAGAGAGGACGCAAAGUCACGAUUUAAAAUGUAGUAUAUGCAAGAAUUAUUUGAAUAUACCUCCGGUAUUAACAUCGGACGACGGUAAAAUAACGAAAUGCGGUAGAUGCCAAUACAAAGGACCGAUAUUAAAUAACAGAAACACCUUAUACGAAUCCAUCGGUUCGAAAUUGAGAUUUCCUUGUAUGAAUCCUGAAUGUAAAGAUAGGAUGUCUUGGAACGAGGUACAAAGACACGAGAGAUCCUGCCAAUUUCGAAGGAUAUCUUGCCCGUUUUGGAAUUGCCGAGAUAAAAAUAUAAGUUUCAUUUUAUCGAACGACGUCAGCCAUUUCGAGACUUGUCAUCCGGGAUCGAUGCACUACGGACCGAUUACUCUAAAUUUUAAAGUCAUAACGCAUCAUCAAUCUUUUAUAAAAUUGCUCAUAAUAAACGAUACGCCGUUUUUGAUGUUUAUACAUUGUCUAAAAUUCGGCGAAACCGCCGUUCUAAUCGGCGUAUUUUCUUGCGAUAAUCGACAACACGAUUUCGAAAUUAAAAUUCGUUCGGAUACCGAUUCGAAUAGAUUUACUUUAUUCAAAGAGAAAGUACCGUUGUACGACGAACAACAACAUUGCCUCUAUUGUUUGCAGAACAUCUGUUUUUUGGAACAUCACAAAUUUUCGAAAAAACAUCCCGACAAUCAACAACAGAGAUACGAAUUGUAUUCGAAUAUCGACGUGGCGGCCGCUAAAUCAUUAUUGCAAACCGAAAAUUUGAUGUUCGAUAUUAGCGUCACCGAACGUAGAAACGAAGAAAACGGCAGUAUUAUUAGUAGAAAUAGCGAUUAAAGUAUGAAAUAAAAAAAUAUUAAAAUUGUUGUGAUAGAUCAAAAAAAAAAAACAA